GUUGAGAAUGCCGAGUGCCGCUGAAAGUUUGUUACAUUUAUAUUAGUUAAUUUAUCAUAAAAUGUCGUCAGAUUCUGAAGAUGAUUGCUAUGGAAAUGUAGCACAACAAUUACAAAAGCUAAAAAACCAAUACCAAGAGGAUAAAAUUGAAAGUGUACAAUUACUCAACGAUUCAUACGAACUGGACGAUAUUGUGAAAAACAACCCUAUUCCCGCCGGAAAGAAGCGAAAAUCUGCUAAUAAACCGAAUAAAGAGCCAUCUCCUGCCUCUGUAAGUAGCAUACCAGAUGUAAUACCUGAUGUUGUCGUGCAAAACAACUCAAAACGUACAACUAGAUCGUCUACUAGAAAUAAUACGAGUUCUAAUGAAUUGCCUCCAGUUGAAGAUUUACCGCCAACACGAAGACGUAAUGUAGCUUUAAAUAUUUCCACGGGCAGCGCCUCUUCGCCGACGGCAUCUAGAGGUCGGAGAGGUCGCGGAGGUAGAGCCAGAGCUAGGGGUAGAGGGCGACAACGGACAAGGGCUCCAGCUACUCCUAGAGGUCGCCAUAGAGAUUCAGCAAGAAAUAACAAUGACACAGAUAUCCCAACCUAUAGUGUGGGUAACACUGAAGAUUACCCUGACCAAUCUGACAAUCAGGUUUUAUUUAGCAACAAAGCGACAACAGCCGAUGUUGUCAUCAUUGAUGAUGAUAACUCGGAAGAAAAUGAAGAACUAAAUGUAAAAGUGUAUUGGACAAGUUCGGAAUAUUACAAAUUUUCAAUACGACGGUUUCAAAAAAUAGCACAAAUAUUUGAUCAUUUCGCUGAAAAGGAAAACAUAAGUCAUAAUAAGCUUUUAUUUCGGCUUAAUGGAAAGAUUCUAAAGCCCAACGAUACGCCCGACUCAAUUGGGUAUACAAUAAGCAAGAUUAUAGACGGUGGUAUAGUGGAACAGGGUGUUUCAGAUUUAAUAGCAGGCACGGACAAAGUAACCAGUGAUGGUAUUAAAUUGAAGUUUCAAUGUCAGACUCUGAAGAAACCGUUUGAAAUAGUCAUAAAACCGGAUGACAAGUUCUCCUUGACUAUGGUGAAAGUUGCCGAAUACUUGGAAAGACCGCUGGAGAAAUUGAAAUUUGAAUUUGACGGUGACAGUAUAUCAGGAAAAUCAACUGCGCAAGAGCUAGAACUUGAAGGUGGGGAGUGUAUUGAUGUAAAAAUAAUUAGUUGAUUAAGUGAAUUCAAUGUGCAGUCAGCUGCAAUAAAAUGUCCCAUGAAUAUUGGCUGGCUAGUUGAGGGACUGACAUAUAUGAGCUGACAGAGUGAGAGUGUUCUUUUUUUUAGAUAAUUGUGUCAAUUGUUGUAAAUGACUUGCACAGACUGGUCUGUUGAAGGAAGCCUUGGUCUAGACUAUUGCUUUUCAUUGUCACCUUUGUAUAUAAUGUAUUUUUAAUAGUGUUCAAU